ACAGUAUAUUCCCCCUUCGUUCCUCGCAUCUCGAGACCGCAGAUGGCGAUUCGGAAUUGGAAAGAGGAGUACUCUUGGAAUAAGGCGCUCCCUCAAUUAGCGUCUUAUAGGGCGGUGUGGGCAAGGCGCGACUUUGUCCCUGGGAGGACUCUUGAGGUUGAAAGAGCAUUGAUCCGCGUCCUCUUAGGCGUGCACGCGCGCGCACACGCUCACAAAGCACCGCAUCAGCCAGCUCAACCCUUCAAAUUCACAAUUUCUGAAUCCUGUGAUCGGAUUAAGGAGGAGUUUCAGUUUUUACAGGCUCAGUACCACAGUUUAAAGCUAGAAUGUGAAAAACUAGCCAGUGAAAAGACAGAGAUGCAGCGGCAUUAUGUCAUGGUAAGCAAGCAGCAUAACGAAUUCAAAAUGUCUAUUUUGUUCGUGGGGUCCAGGAAUGGAGACAAGUGCUCCGAUUGCUGGAGUAUUACAGUAUAUUCCCCCUUCGUUCCUCGCAUCUCGAGACCGCAGAUGGCGAUUCGGAAUUGGAAAGAGGAGUACUCUUGGAAUAAGGCGCUCCCUCAAUUAGCGUCUUAUAGGGCGGUGUGGGCAAGGCGCGACUUUGUCCCUGGGAGGACUCUUGAGGUUGAAAGAGCAUUGAUCCGCGUCCUCUUAGGCGUGCACGCGCGCGCACACGCUCACAAAGCACCGCAUCAGCCAGCUCAACCCUUCAAAUUCACAAUUUCUGAAUCCUGUGAUCGGAUUAAGGAGGAGUUUCAGUUUUUACAGGCUCAGUACCACAGUUUAAAGCUAGAAUGUGAAAAACUAGCCAGUGAAAAGACAGAGAUGCAGCGGCAUUAUGUCAUGUAUUAUGAAAUGUCGUAUGGAUUGAAUAUAGAGAUGCCGAAACAGCCUGACUGA